CCGCUGCGAACCGCCCUGACGCAUGCGCAUAGGGUGCUCGUCGUAAUCAAUUGCGCAUGCGGGGCAGGGGAGUAAUAAGUUCCAGUUCUACGUGAGUGCGUGCCUUCGUCCUUUUUAGAUGCUUAAUCGUCACACGCAAAGUCCACCUUUUUUUAUGAAUCUGCGUUCUGUAUUUACUGCAGAACAACAAAGGAUAUUGCAGCGUUAUUAUGAAAAUGGAAUGACAAAUCAGAGUAAAAAUUGCUUUCAGCUCAUAUUACAGUGUGCACAAGAAACUAAGCUGGACUUCAGUGUAGUCAGGACUUGGGUUGGCAACAAAAGAAGAAAGAUGAGCAGCAAGAGCAUUGUGGAUUCCGGAGGUACCCCAUCGGGGACUGUUGCUAGCAGUCUGUCCAUGCCUCCGGAAGUGGCUGUCCGAAACAUGGUCAGCAUUGCUCGCUCCCAAAGCCAGCAGUCAUCUUGGACAUCCUCCAACAAUGACGUGAUAGUAACUGGAAUAUAUAACCCAUCCAGUUCGUCUGGCAGACUGGUGUCCACCAAACAGACUAAUGCUUUGAUGGGCGACAUGCAUAAAAGCUCUCUUCAGAGGCCACCUGGAAAAAGUGACCCAGAGUUUCAGCGGCAGCACAUUGCUGUGGCCCGGCAGGCCCCCCGUUGUAAAAAUGCCUCCCUGUUUCUAGGAGAGAAAACUAUCAUCUUGUCAAGGCAAACCAGCGUGUUGAAUUCAGCAAACUCCAUUUAUAAUCACACUAAGAAAACUUAUGGUGGUUCUUCAGUUCAGACUGCGGAGUUGGUUUUACCUCAGAAGCCUGUGUUGUGCCACAGGCCAUGUAAAGUGGACCAGAUGGGAUGUCAAAGGCUACAGAAACAGGAACAUCCAAUCCUUGCCUCACACAUCCCAUCUGGACAAAGGACUAAUAUGAGGGACCCUUCCUGCAGCACGCACAACUUGGAAAUCCGUGAGGUUUUCUCCUUGGCUGUUACCGAUCAACCUCAGCGAAUCCUGGGUGGAAACUCACAGAAGUCGUCUUCAGGAGAAGGCAGUUGUCUGUCCAUUGCCAUGGAAACGGGGGAUGUUGAUGAUGAAUAUGCUAGAGAAGAAGAGUUGGCCUCGAUGGGUGCUCAGAUACAUAAUUACUCGAGAUUAAGUGGUUCGUCCCUUAGAGCAGAGAAUCCAAGCACAGGUUUGCCUGGGUCAGGAAGAAGCAUCCGUUGCAGUUCGCACAUGGUCAACUCACGGGACUUGCAUGACAAUAUCAUGUACCAUAACAGAGACUACCACUUGCCUCCACGGACCUCCUUACACACUACAUCCAGUACACUGUACAGCAGUUCUUACCCAUCCAGAAGCAACCUUUCUUCACAUUUUGCAGCAUCCAAUCAGCUAAGGCUGUCUCAAAACCAAAACAAUUACCAGAUUUCAGGAAACCUUACUGUGCCUUGGAUUACAGGAUGUUCCCGAAAAAGAGCACUACAGGACCGUACACAAUUCAGUGACCGGGAUUUAGCAACCCUCAAGAAAUACUGGGAUAAAGGAAUGACCAGCCUUGGCUCAGUUUGUAGAGAGAAAAUUGAAGCGGUUGCUGCGGAGUUGAAUGUUGACUGUGAAAUAGUGCGGACUUGGAUUGGGAAUCGAAGAAGAAAAUAUCGCCUGAUGGGAAUUGAAGUCCCUCCUCCUCGGGGUGGCCCUGCUGAUUUUUCCAAUCAGUCUGAUUCCAGCAGCAAAUCAAUACCCAUUCCAGGAGAUGAUGCUUCAACUGACGUGGGAGAUGAUAAUGACAGAAAUGAUGAAGUCUCAAUCUGCUUAUCUGAAGGAAGUUCACAAGAAGAACACAGUGAAGUUCUUCAGAGUGAAGACAUAGGUCACAAAGAGGAGGACCAGACUACUGUAUCUGCUGACAACGUGAAAAUAGAAAUCAUAGAUGAUGAAGAAAGUGAUAUGAUAAGUAAUUCUGAAGUGGAUCAAAUGAGCUCUCUUCUGGACUACAAAAAUGAAGAAGUUCGGUUCAUCGAAAAUGAACUGGAACAUCAGAAACAGAAGUAUUUUGAACUACAGACUUUCACUAGGAGUUUGAUACUUGCUAUCAAAACAGAUGAUAAAGAACAGCAGCAGGCACUUCUGGCAGAUUUACCUCCAGAGUUAGAAGAAAUGGAUUUCAAUCAUGCCUCUCCAGAACCUGAUGAUACCUCAUUCAGCUUGUCGUCUUCUUCAGAGAAAAAUGCCUCGGACAGUUUGUGAUGCUCUGUUAAAGGAAAUAAGACAGCAUAGUUUGCUUAACGUGUAUGUUUUGAACUAAUUACGUUGUAGCCAGUUCCCUUAAAUAUGAAGGGCAGGGAUGGGGGUGGGUGGGAGGCAGACUAGCAACCUUGUACAGUGGCUCGGUUGACAGUAGCCACUGAUUUGGGACUUUGCUUUUUUUUUUGAUGGAUGUGAAAGCUACUUGAGAAAAAAAGACAUUAAGCUUCUAGCAGCUAUGCCUCGACUAUGGUACCUUCAUAAUUGUCAGCAUUAACUGCGUUACUAACUAAGCCCUGAAAUGAGCAGGGCAUCAAGAAUGGAAGAAAAGUGUCCAGUUACAUUAAUAAUUCAGUGUGGCCCAUCAGUCCUGUUUAGUGUGAUAUCUGCCUUCUCUGUCUCUCUUUUGCUCCCCUUCUCAGGUAGGUGGAUUUGAUCAUUGGAAACUAUGGGUUCGAAGAGGUCAGUCGGCAAAAGCCGAACCUUCGCAGAAAUGAUGCUGCAAACCAGGGAUCAAACUAAAGAAGUGCUUUAUUAGUAUAUGACUAACUGUUGUAUCUUCUCUUCUUCCACCUUCCCUCGGUACAUGGA